AUGGAUGUAAAUGGUACCAAGCGCUGGGAGCCCCACAGGUCACUUGAUCUGAACCCUCGCUCAACCCCGAUGAACAAGAAUCUGCUGCAAGAACCCUGUGGUGGGGUUGGUAACAAGCUGCUAACAAAGAUGCGUGCCGUGGUCAUCGACAUGGGUUCUGGCACGUGUAAGAUGGGCUUUGCCGGACAGACUCGGCCCAGCUACAUCGUGACCAACGCUGUGGGCCGCAAACCCAGGAAACAAACCACCAAGGUGGACACCUAUUUUGGUGAGGCCGCCCACAUUUGCCCGGAGUUAACCCUGACGCAGCCAGUUCUUAAUGGUAUUGUGGUGGACUGGGAAGCCGCUGAGCUCAUCAUGCACCACAUCCUGGAGAAUGGCCUCCAAGUGGCCACCCAGGAACAUCCUCUGCUGUUCACGGAUCCGCCCUUCAGCCCUGCCAGCAACCGUGAGAAGCUGGCGGAAGUAGCCUUCGAGUCCCUGCACUCCCCGGCCCUGUAUGUGGCAUCCCAGUCGGUGCUGUCGGUCUAUGCCAAUGGGUGCGUUAACGGGCUGGUGGUAGACACUGGCCACGGGGUCAGCUACACAGUGCCCGUCUUCCAAGGCUACAACCUACCCAGUGGCAUCCAGCGCCUGAACCUGGCUGGCCACUACUUGACCACCUUCUUGGCAGAGAAAAUCUUGAGAUCGAGCUUGCCGCUCAAGUGGGACGACCUGGACACCAUGGAGAGCCUCAAGCAUCAAUACUGCUAUGUGGCCUCAGACUUCCAGAAGGAGCAGAGUCGUCCCCACGACAAAUUCCGGCGGCGCCUGAAGCUGCCAGAUGGACAGACGGUCACAGUCGGAAAGGAGCUCUUCCAGUGCCCUGAACUACUAUUCCAUCCUCCGGAGACCUCGGGACCAUCAUCUUCCGGCCUCCCCAGCAUGGUGGAACGCAGCCUCUGCACGGUGCCCCAGGAGCUGCGGGCCGACAUGGAGCAGAACGUGCUGCUGUGCGGAGGCUCCUCUCUCUUCAGCGGCUUCCAAGGCCGCUUCAAGACUGAGCUGCUGCAACGUCUUAGUCCAUGGGCCAACGUGGUUGUGGGGGCCCACCCCAAUAGGAACCUCUCGGUGUGGAUUGGGGGUUCCAUUCUGGCCUCUCUGUGUGCCUUCCAGUCCCGCUGGAUCCAGCGUGAGCAGUAUGAGGAACACGGUCCCGAUAUAGUGCACCAGAGGUGCUCUUGA